CUCUCUCUCUCGUAGCCUCCGCAUUCAGCAUAUCAAUCACCAUGGCACGAAGCGUCUGAGUUGAGCUGAAGCAUCUGAGUUGAGCUGAGCAGGACAGCUACGUGCUGGUGCGGUCUGCGGAUAUGUCCGUCGUCACUAGUGAGUGAGUGAGGUCGCGUGCUAAAUCCUAGGAGCUCUGGGGGAAGCGCACCUUCAUGCCAAGAAGCGAGUGGCUACGGUGUGCACCUCUGUCCGUCUUGUCUGUUUACCCAGCGGCGCUCCAACACCUUUUGUUACUGUCUGUGAGGGGUGCAGAUGAAGACACACAUAGGAGGGAGAACUACUGAGAGAGAACCCAGACUCAUCCUACACACACAGAUCUGAGAUCUGACCUCUCACCUCUGACCCAGUGCCCCCUACUGGUGCGGACCACCUCUGAUCCUACCGUGAUGAGCGGGUGCGGCAGGAAGGCUCUGGCAUUGCUGAGCAGCGUGUUUGCGGUCAGCGGGCUGGGGCUUCUGGGAGUUGCGGUCUCUACAGACUACUGGCUGUACCUGGAGGAGGGGGUCAUCCUGCCCCUGAACCAGACCACUGACAUCAGGACCUCCCUGCACUCUGGACUCUGGAGAGUCUGCUUCCUGGCAGGUGAAGAGGCAGGUCGCUGUUUCACCAUCGAGUACAUCAUGCCCAUGAACUUACAGCUCACCUCUGAGUCCACAGUCAGUGUACUUAAGAUGAUUCGUUCAGCCACUCCGUUUCCUCUGGUCAGUCUGUUCUUCAUGUUCAUCGGCUUUGUGCUAAACAACAUCGGACACGUCCGACCUCAUCGCACCAUCCUGGCCUUUGUCUCCGGAAUCUUCUUCAUCCUUUCCGGUCUAGCUCUGGUGGUAGGUCUCGUGUUGUAUAUAUCCAGUAUUAAUGACGAGAUGUUGAACAGGACUAAGAGCAGUGAGUCCUACUUCAGCUACCGGUACGGCUGGUCCUUCGCCUUCGCUGCCAUCUCCUUUCUGCUCACUGAGAGUGCAGGCGUCAUGUCCGUCUACCUGUUCAUGAAGCGCUACACAGCCGAGGAAAUGUACCAGCGCCACCACCCCGACUUCUACCGGCCACGCCUCAGUAACUGCUCUGACCACUCCGGUCAGUUCCUGCACCCGGAGACCUGGGCACGUGGACGCAGCCCCUCGGACAUCUCCAGCGAAACCUCACUCCAGAUGAGCACCAGCUACCCUGCCCUGCUCAAGUGCCCCGACUACGACCAGGUCUCCUCCUCACCCUGCUGAAGGGGUCAUCAGGUCAGGGCAGGUCGCCAAGGUCAAGGGUGAGAAGUCAUAGGUGAUGUUGCUUUUAGAUACUGAUCUAAGAUCAGCUUUCUUAUUUAAGUUAUCUGGAAUCUGUGGAGGGUUACUGGGAAGUUGCUGGGUGUGGAUAGAACCUCCCGCCUGCAUAGUUUACUGGGAGGUCAGUCCCAGUAGAUAUACAGGGAAGCCUCUGUCUCUUUAUUUUGUUGUUGUUCGUUCCCAUUGUGAUGCUGUGCCCUGAACCUUGUUUGAAAACGUCUACCAGCCAUGAUUACUGCUGAGGAAACAGUUGAUGCCGCUGUGCCACAUGUUACCUACAGAUGGCAGCAAAGUGCAGAGUUUUUUCAGGAGUAUUCACUUCUCACGUAUUUUCUAUUAUAUCAGGAUACUUACUGCCACUGAUUAGUUAACUUGACGAGGACCAAACUAACAUUUACACAAAUGUUUGAACGGGAACAAUACAUGUCACUAUGUUAAAGCUGCAAUCAGCAGUUGAAACAAUAACAAAGUGAACUCCCAUCCCGUUUCAGUAAAAAGCUGAGGAAUGGGGCUAGCUAGAGAAAUGUAACCACUCUCAAAUUCAUAGACAGAGCUAUGGAUGCAAGAACUGGCCAUCCAUGAUAUCUAAAUUAUUGUUACCAUGUUUUGAAGGUAUAUAGUGUUUGUUUACAAACACUGGAGUGAAACAAGCUUUUAUUUUGGUUUCUGAUGGUUACGACAGUUGAAUUAAGCACAUGAGGCAUUUGUAAUAUUAUAACAUCAUAUUCUUAAGAGGUCCAAAAAUGGAUGAAACAACUGCAGAUUGCACCUUUAAACGUGUGAUAUGUUAAAAUGUGUAGUUUGCUUCAUGUUGGAGUUUUUAAAUUGAUGUGUCCCUGCUGGCUCACGGAUCUGCCAACAUGACGUUUUCAUGUUAUGGAAUCUCUGCUUUGUUUAUGUAUCAUGUAAAAAUGAAUUAUUUGAAAAGCGAUUGGUAUUUACUCUUAGACAGAUUGUUUAUACAUGCAUAUGGAUAACUGUUGUACAUUGUAUGAAUAUAGCGAACCAUUGUAAAACAAGUCAAAUGUGUAGUCGCUGCUUAAAAUGAUUAAUUCUGAGUGUCAGCUUCAUGCCGUCGGCAUAGCAACUGUUGCGUACUAACUGUACAAUAUCUGGAGAAUAUCUAAAUGUGGGAAAUAAAUAGACUUUGUGAAAUCUUUUUAAUGACAUUGCCUGUGGAUGGAAUGCAAUUUCAUUCAUUAACUACAGUUUCAAGAUAUUGAUGGGUUGAGAACUAACAGAGCAGGAUAGGAUAAUUAAUGAAGGGUAGGAAAGGGUUAGGGCUGAGCUAAAAUGAUAGUUGUCAACAACUGCUAUCCCCAACGUGACAACUAGAUGGCGCUGUAAUGGUAGCCACAACCGUAUAAACCAUCAGUCUCAACAAACCAUCGGUAUCAUAACACCGGUUAAUGGAUUGGAGUUCAAUUUUGCUUCCAUGUAUUGUAAUGUCACAUCAAUACACUGGGAGUCAGUGUUGCAUCACUUACACUAUAAAGCAGACAGAAAUCCCUUCAGGUCAGAAGUGUAUAGAAUCAGGACUUAAACACCCAUCUGCCCACUAUGUUACCUAUGAACUCGGUCCCCCUCUUUCAAAUGAUUUAUUUUCACACCUUAUCUAGACACUGUAUCUAUUUAUUGGCCAAUUAAGGGGGGAACUCAUAUUACUCUGACCUGAUCUAUGUCUGUUUGCUGAUCAAUGAAGGGGUAGAUUUUAACCAUCAGUAAAGGGUUUCUCAUAGACUUUAACCAUCAGUAAAGGGUUUCUCAGACUUUAACCAUCAGUAAAGGGUUUCUCAUAGCCUUUAACCAUCAGUAAAGGGUUUCACAUAGACUUUAACCAUCAGUAAAGGGUUUCUCAUAGACUUUAACCAUCAGUAAAGGGUUUCAUCAUAGACUUUAACCAUCAGUAAAGGGUUUCUCAUAGACUUUAACCAUCAGUAAAGGGUUUCUCAUAGACUUUAACCAUCAGUAAAGGGUUUCUCAUAGACUUUAACCAUCAGUAAAGGGUUUCUCAUAGACUUUAACCAUCAGUAAAGGGUUUCACAUAGACUUUAACCAUCAGUAAAGGGUUUCUCAUAGACUUUAACCAUCAGUAAAGGGUUUCUCAUAGACUUUAACCAUCAGUAAAGGGUUUCUCAUAGACUUUAACCAUCAGUAAAGGGUUUCACAUAGACUUUUAACCAUCAGUAAAGGGUUUCUCACACUGUAGUCUUGUCCCACCACUCCAUCUGUCUCUACACUCAUAAGAAUGUUCAUAGACAUGGGCUGGAGGUCAGUUGGUUGGUUGCUGUUCAGGACAUGGUUUUUUCCCAGUUACAUUUUCUUUUCUACUGCUUUUCCACCAUAUAAAAAACAGGCAAAUAUUGUAUCUAAAGUCUAUUUAAAUAAUUACUGCCCAUGACAGUUGGUACUUAGAUGAUUAACAUAAAUUAAGAAAUUAACCUUUGAUC